UCGUUACUACUAGUAGUGCAGGAAAGACGUAAGCAAUGCUCUUCCUUUCGCUGUUUUCUCUGUUGCUGUUUGCACGUGUCACAGCUCGGUCUCCUCCAGCACCUCCGGGACCUCCGAGACCUCCGGCACCUCCACUCUAUCAACGAUGCUUAAAGAAAACAGCGGAUGUUUUCUUUGUUGUCGAUACAUCCAGUAGUUUGAAAUGGGGUUAUAAUGUUAUAAAAGAAUUAGAUUUUGUGGGUGAUGUAAUUAAAGCGUUUGAUCUGGGUAAAGACCAGGUACGGACCGGAAUAAUGACAUUUACUACCAAUACGGAGAUAUUGUACCAACUAGAUGACUUCAAAACAGAGAAAGAAAUUGCCAACAUUUUAGAUGAUAGAAAGAAUUUUGAGAGAGAUCAAUGGAAAGGUGGCGAUACUAAUAUUGGUAAAGCUUUAAGACUUUUAAUAGACGAAGGACUAUCCACGUCACAUGGUAGCCGUACUGACGUUCCACAAAUAGCCGUGAUUAUAACAGACGGAGACCCAAACGAUAGGGCUGACUUUGCCAGUGCUCUCCUGGCACUAAGAAAAACGAAUAUUAUUGUUUUUGCUGUAGGUGUUGGUCCAAAUCGUUAUCCUGAGAACUUGCUAAAAAUUGCAGGCGAUCCGGAACGUUUAUUUGAGUUGGAAGAUUAUGACAGUUUUGGAGCAAUCAGAAAGGAAUUGGUAGAUAAAGUGUGCGAUAAAGAACAAAACGAUGAAGAAAAACCGAAUCCAUGUAAAAAAGAAAAACCAUGUGAUGGAGCAAUGGCAGACGUCAUUUUUGUAGCAGACAGCUCAAGAAGCCUUGGAUUUAAAGCGUUUGAUAAAUUGAAACUGUUUGCCAAGGCUGUAGUGAAGAGAUUUACUGUCAGUCCUAAUGACAUACAAGUUGGUUUCAUAAAUUUUGGAAAUAGUUCCAAAUUUGAAUUUAAACUCAACAGUUACAGAGAUCAAGAUGAAGUAAUGAAGGCUAUUUCAAAGGUCCAAUAUUUAGACGACGGAAAGAGUAUGCAGCUUACAUUUACAGGCAAAGCACUACAAAUGCUGAAACAGAAAGGAUUCAAAAAAAGAAAUGGCGGGCGUGGUGGAAAAGUUCCUAAAAUUGCCAUUAUCAUUACGGAUGGUGAACCAACAGACAUUGUUGCUACACACAGACUUGCAAAAGAAGCAAAACAACAAGGAAUAAUUAUAUUUGCCAUUGGUGUUGGUGACCAUAUGAAAGAAGAUGAGAUAAACUUAUUGGCAUCUGACCCAAAGAAUAAACAUGCGUUCCUGGUAGAAAACUAUGAUUCUUUAUCAUUUAUUGAAGCCGCAUUAGCAAAGAAAACUUGCACAGCUGCUAUUCAAGCGAUAUCGAUGCCACCUGAAGGUUUUUACUAGAAAUUGCAAGCAAUAACUAUAGAUCUGAUGAAAACUGAACUGUUCAAUGGAGCAGAAGCCUUUAUAUCUAAUCCUCUUUUGUAUUGAUAAUCAUUAAAGAUGAGGAGAGCAUUUUC